AUGGCGCCUCAACACCCAACAGCGGCGCUCUUCUUGUGUGAAUUUGUGAUGGAGAUCCUCUCUUGGAUUCCUGCAAAGCCUGUCACGCGACUCAAGCUUGUGUGCAAGUCAUGGAACUCCAUCAUCUCCCACCCUCACUUCGUCAAACUUCACCUUCACCGAUCACCCAAAAAUGCCAUCCUCCUGGUUACGCGAACACCACCUCUCCCCGAGAAAGAAAGAAAACAGGGCUUAGUGUUGAGUAGCGUUGAAUCUUUCAUCCAAAAUCCAUCAUCCACUCUUGAUGCUCAAGAGAAUCGCCACGUUCUACACUUACAAGACUGGGUUUUGGGUUCAUGCAACGGGUUGGUUUGUGUGGCCCAUAUUCUUUUCCACCCCAACAACCAUAAUUGCGAUAUCUUGUUUCGUUUAUGGAACCCUCUCAUAGGGUUUAUUUCAGGGAACUCGCCUUCGCCUUGCUUACGUGUCAAUGGGCAUGAUGCUUUUGGGUUUGGGUAUGAUGAGUCAAGUGACAGUUACAAGGUAGUGACUGCCAGUCGGAAUUCUUCUGGAACAGUAACUGCGCAAGUUUAUAGCUUCCAUGGCAAUUCAUGGAAGAGGGUCAACAGUUUUCCUGCUUUUCCGUUUUCUGCCGAUGAUAAUGGCCACUUCAUCGGUGGAACUCUUAAUUGGCUAGGUCUCCGUAACCCGCAUGGAGAUCAUUAUGAUUGGGCUGCUGUUACACUUGAUAUGUUAAUGAUUGUUUCUCUUGACCUGAAAUCGGAUACAAAUAAACAGAUUCUGCUUCCAAAGGGUAUCGAUGAGAUGCCCCGUGAAGAGCCAACUCUGGGAGUUUGGGGAAAUAGCCUGUAUCUUCUUCAUGAUUACAAGAACACUCAUUUUAUUGCAUGGCAAAUGAAGGAGUUUGGAGAUGAAAAUUCUUGGACUCAAUUACUAAAGAUUAGUUUUCACUAUCUCGAUGUUGAAACGCUAUGGUUACCGGAGUUUAUAUUUGAGAAUGGAAAUAUCUUCAUGUUUAUGGGCAGGCAUCGUUUUGUGGAAGUUUUUUAUGACCGAAGAGAUAAUAGUGUUAAACGCGUUAAUAUCUCGGCCAACAAUUGUUACAUGGAUGCAUUUGAUUAUGUUGAGAGCUUGGUUCAGCCUUGUUAA